AUGGUCGACACAUUGCACCCACCGCUUUCAGUUAUUGCUUCUUUCCCGAAACCGAACUAUGUCGAUCCCCAUACCAGAGGACCUGGCCUUGUGUACAUGUGUAUCAUCUUUGCCGCCAUUGGCAUCAUCAUCUGCACGGCCCGAGUGUACUCGCGACUCUUUAUAACCAAGGCGCCAGGCUUGGAUGAUCUUCUCGUGAUCAUCGCCCUUGGAUUUCUCACAGCCUUGACUGUUCUGGUCAUAAUCGGCAAUAAGGACUAUUACAGUGGCCGACACGUAUGGGACAUACCGCCCGAUAGUUUCGUCGGGGCGCGCGCCAACAUCUGGGCCAGCUUGUGGUGUUAUAUUAUCGGCAUCACCUUGAUCAAGAUUUCGGUUCUGUUGUUCUACCGCCGUCUCAGUGUCAAAUUCAGCCGGGCGUUCUUCAUUGCGACCUGGAUCGGCAUCGCCUACAACAUUUUGUAUUUCGUCUCGUUCGCCCUGACGCUCCUGCUGCUCUGUCGCCCUCUUCACUCCUACUGGGACAGCUUCGACCCUGUCUGGGCCGCGACUCACCACUUCCACUGCGGUUCCGAGGGCGCGGCUCUCCCUGCGUCGUCGGCGUUCAGUGUGGCCGGCGAUUUCUACAGCACCCUGCUGCCACUGAUCCUAGUGUACUACCUAGAGCUCCCCCGCAGACAGAAGAUUGCAUUGUACGCGCUCUUUGCGCUGGGGUUCAUGGCAGUCGCCGCCGGAGUGGUGCGGACUGUCCUGAUGUACAAUCUGUUGAAUGUCGACUACGAUUUCACCUGGACAUUGUGGCUCACCUGGAUCUGGGCGGUGCUGGAACUGUACUUAGCCCUUUUUGCUGCCAGCGCCCCAAGCUUGAAGCCGUUCUUCCGACAUUUUUUUGUCGAGUCCAUCAACAGCUUUGCACGUGGCUCUAGAAGACGCGCAGGGUAUUCCAAUAACAAUGGCCAAGGGGUAGGGGCGGGCCAAGGCUCGGGAAAGGGCACUGGCACCGGCACCGGGACAUACGCGACAGAUGCCAGCAAAGGCGGGAUGAGUGUGGACCUCUCCGCCGACGUUGAAAGGGCAGGGGCUCGAUGGGGAGACGUCGAUGAAAGGGUAGAAUCGCGGCAGAGUUGGUUCCUGGCGGACAAUGAAGAGGCCGGGACGAAGCAUUUUGAACUGCGCGCCAGCCAGGACGGGAAGAAGAUGAUCCCCAUGCGCGUGUACAAGCGCAGUGACUCCUACAACUACAACGGCGCCGAAGGGCCUUCAGACCCCUUUACGGACCCGAACUCGAACUCAGCGACCACAGCGCUGCCACAGCGGCAAGAUUGGCCGUUGCCCCUGUCCACAAUGGGGACAGAACCGCACCAUGAACCGCGUGAGUUCCUAGCAAACCCGCGCCUUUCAACGUACAAUGAAAAUAGAUAA